ACGAGUCUGCGGAGGGAGAAGAUUUGAAUUCUGCUGGUGCUGUUAAACAAUCAAUAUAUUUUUAUUCUUCUACACAGAGACAAGAAAUACCCAUAAUCCCUUUCUUAAAAGCUAUGGAAGUUUUUCUUGAUUUUGUUUAAACACAAGUACAGAGUGAAGUUCAAAAGGCUUUCCAUUUCGGGGGGGAUUUUGUUGGUUGUUUUGUGUAAUCAGUAGUAAUAACAAUGCUGGCAUUUGGGAGGCCAAGUAGCAGUGAUUUUACAAGCAAUAGUUGCAUUUCUUUGCUCAGAGAACUUGAGCAAAUAUGGACUGAAAUUGGUGAGACUGAAGCUGACAAGGAUCGCAUGUUCUCAGAGAUUGAGAGAGAGUGCUUAGAAAUUUACAGAAGAAAGAUUGAUGAGGCUGCCAAUGUCAAGGCUUGCCUUCAUCAAUCUAUAGCCACGAAGGAAGCUGAGAUUGCAAUGCUUAUGGCUGUUUUGGGAGAAGUCAAUAUUAAUUCGCUGAUAGAGUCAGACAAGAAAGGAAAAUCUCUGAAAGAGCAACUGGCCUCAGUCACACCUAUAGUUGAGGACUUUAAACUUAAGAAAGAUGAACGAAUGAAGCAAUUUGCAGAUAUAAAGUCACAAAUUGAGAAAAUAACUGACAUUGUCGGUGCUGUAAAUUCCUUGACUCUGGAAGAAAAAGACUUAUCACACAGAAAGCUCUCGGAAUACCACUCAAAUCUUCAAGCUCUUCAGAAGGAGAAGUCUGUGCGUCUCAAGAAAGUUUUGGAGUUUGUGGAUGAAUUGCAUUCUUUGUGCAAUAUACUAGAUUUGGAUUUUUGCAAAACUCUGAGUGAUGUUCAUCCUAGCUUGCAAGGAACGAGCCUAGAUCAGGCCACAAAUAUCUGUGAUGCCACGUUAGAGGGUCUUGAUCAGGCUAUCCUGAAGUUGAAAACAGAGAGAACAUUUCGAUUUCAGAAGCUGAAACAUGUUGCUGGAUCACUGUUUGACCUCUGGAAUUUAAUGGAUGUGGCAAAUGAAGAUAAAGCUAAGUUCUUAAUGAUUACUUCGAUUCUUGGUUCGUUGGAAUCCGCUGUUGUUGAACCCGGUUCUCUAUCAAUGGAGAUUAUUGAACAGGUAUCAGCAGAGGUCGAGAAGCUCUCUAAAUUAAAAGCUAACAGGAUGAAGGAACUUGUGAUGAAGAAGAGGUUGGAGUUGGAGGAUAUAUGCUAUAGAACUCAUAUUCAACUUGAUUUAAGCAUGGCUGAUGAUAAAACUAAUGCGUUAAUUGAUUCUGGCGUGGUGGAUCCUUGUGAGCUCUUAGCUAAUAUUGAUAUUCAAAUGAACAAAGCGAAAGAUGAAGCUUGGAGCCGAAAAGAGAUAAUAGAUAAGAUAGACCAUUGGCUUGCUGCAUGUGAUGAAGAAAAUUGGCUAGAGGAUUAUACUCAAGAUGAAAAUCGUUAUAGUGCUGGCCGAGGUGCACACAUAAACCUAAAACGUGCUGAAAGAGCUAGAAUUUUGGUAAAUAAGAUUCCAGGUAUGGUUGAUAAUCUGAUUAGCAAGACAUUGGCGUGGGAGGAAGAGAAAAAGAAUCUGUUUCUUUAUGAUGGGGUGCGUUUGGUUUCAAUUUUGGAGGAUUACAAACUAACCAGACAAAAGAAAGAAGAGGAGAGGAAGCGUGCUCGGGAACAAAAGAAACAGCAAGAUAUGCUACUUGCUGAGAAAGAAGCUGUGUAUGGUUCUAACCCAAGUCCUAGAAGAAGCAAUAACUUUUGGAAUGGGUAUCACACGAGUGGAACUCCCUCACCUCGUCAGAACUCAGUUCGUCAUGCAACUCCAGAACUCCUAACUCCCCGGUCCUAUUCUGGAAGACAAAAUGGGUAUUUCAAGGAAACGAGAAGGCUUUCCACAGUGCCACUUAACUUUGUUUCAAUACCCAACGAAGAUACCAUGUCGUUUUCAUCCGUGGGUGGCUCUGAGCUGGAGUCACCAUCUCAAAUCUGAACUCAGAAUACUGCCUAUGGGUAUUUCUCGUUCCUUUUGCACAUUAGGGGAAGGCAGGGCUAUCAUUCUCUGAAAGUCCAUGGUCGAGUAACAGGGAAGAAGCAUUAGUAAUUGGUUGUGAAUAUAGGUGAAGAUGUACACUACUUAACUAACUUUUAGACAACCUGCUUAAGAAAAUUGGUUUCACUUUGAUGAAAUAACUCACUUGCAUUUUGAUAUCCAUGACCAAUGUUCUAAAAACAAAAUUAUUUUACUUGGAAAUAAUAUAAGAUCUUGUGAUUGUUUUAUUAUUGGGAGACA